AUGACAAGCGACGAUGACUUGGAAGACGACCACAGUGAAUCGUCCUCUUUAUUACCUCGUCAACAUCAACACAACGCGUACAAUGCUUUGGACAAUGACGACACAGCCACUUCCAGUACAGCUUCACUAUCCCCAGGUCAAGAGACCCCUUCAAAAAGCCUUGGUGUGUUUGGCCCUGAGAUCCGUAGCUAUUUGACUCAGAUACUUUUAUCAAGUUGGAUGGAAACCAUAUUCUUGUUGAUGCUCUUAUCCCAUUGUACGAUUCUACUUGUGGUUGGCAGAGGCACCGAUCCGAAUCCAGAACCUGCAGCAAGAUGGGGUCAAUCCUGGGAUCAAUAUGCGUUGCUAGGCAUCUUUUGUUUCUAUACGGUGCACGUCUUGACGAGGAUUGUCGCCUUUGGAUUUCUAUUUUCUACACCAAGCAACAUGGCAUUCAUGAGGCAUAGUUGGAAUCGAGUUGACCUUGUUUCAGUCAUAUCCUACUGGAUCGAUGUAUGGUUGACUUGCACUGGCAUGGUUAUUACGGAGCAACAGCGCAUCCUUGCAUUCAGAGCCCUGUCGACGCUAAUUCUUUUUCGGCUCUUGCUAGCAACACAAAGCUGCCGCAUUAUCCUACAGAGUCUCAAAAAGGCAGGCCCAUUGCUCGUUACUGUGACAUCGUUUGUCCUUUUCUUUUCCAUCAUCCUCGCCAUCGUGGGUGUACAAUCGUUCAAAGGAUCCUAUCUUCGGAAAUGUGUUUGGCAAGAUCCAAACGAUCCCAGCAACUAUCAAGUGAUGCAACAAUACUGUGGAGGGUAUAUGCAAAAUGGCACCGAGCAACCUUAUCUACUACUCGAUGGUGUUACGCCUGGAAGAUGGGCAAAAGGUUUUACUUGUCAAGAAGGUCUUGUGUGCCGGGAAACAGAGAAUCCUUUUGGAGACACCCUCAGCUUUGACAAUAUCUUUGGAUCGAUGUUGAUUGUGACCAUUACAGCAGGCAGUCAAACAUGGACCGAGCCAAUGUACGACAUGAUGGAUGCCGAAUACGUGUUUGCCAGCAUUUACUUUAUUUUGAUUGUAUUCAUCAUGAAUUUCUGGUUGAUGAAUUUAUUCGUUGCCGUGAUCAAUGAGAUGUUUGCCAAAGUGCGUCAAGAAUCCAAGCGGUCUGCUUUCACCACUACGAGCACAACACCUGUAUUGACCGAAUCGCAAGAAGAAGGGUGGACUAUCUACGGUGGCAUCCCAUCAAACAGUAACGAUACCUUUUUGCGAGAUCUUUGUCGCUUCACCCGACCCUUAUGGCUCUUGGCAAUUGCGGCUGAUUUAAUUGUGAUGGGUUGGAAAAACAAUGACAUGUCCCCAGAGCAGUUGGAGAUCAUCGAUCAAGCCGAACUUGGUUUUACAUUGGCAUUUCUGGUUGAGAUAUCUUUACGAUUCGCUAGCUAUUGGCCACAAUGGCGACGCUUCUUGCGCUACAAGAGGAAUCAAGUGGACUUAUUUAUCGCCAUUAUCACUUGUGCCAUGCGCCUACCUUAUAUCCACAACAACCACUUCCUCUAUUCUUGGCUCACAGGCUUUCAGAUCCUCCGUAUUUAUCGUCUUGUCGUUGCCAUCCCUGGCUUGCGGCGAUUGAGCGCACGUGUUGUUGGUAGUGCUUGGAACUUGAUUACACUUGUCGGCUUCAUUAUACUUGCGACAACGGUGGUGGCCAUCAUGGCUUUCGAGUUACUUGAAGGAGCCAUGAAUGAUAGCGAUGAUGAAAUGCGAUUCUUUUCCAUCUACAACUCGUUUGUUGGUCUUAAUCAGCUUUUCUCGGGAGAAGAUUGGACAACAGUGCUUUAUGGAGCAAUGGAGGCUGGUUCCACAAACAAGUCGGCGGUGAUCCACGCAUUAUUCCUGGUAGUAUGGUUCUUGUCAUCCAAUUCUAUUCUUGUCAACAUGUUCACUGCCGUCUUAAUGGAGAACUUUGAAAUUGAUGAAGAGGAAAAGCGUGCACUACAAGUGAAAGAAUAUGUGGAUCAAAGGGAGCAUCGAAUCAACCACGAUCCUGUCGUCAGCAAAUGGAAUGUGUAUCGAUACUUUAAGCCGCAUCCCAAGCAGUUAAGUGUAUACGAUCUACCCCCUGAUUUGACUCUUCGUACACAAAGAACCAUGGUGAGCGAUUUCAUGCAUGGUAGUCAGGCAGACAUGGAGAAUGGCAAUGGAAGCAACACACAACUAUUGAUGUCACCUGUACGUGAUGAUGGUAUCAUGGGUCGCAUACGCCGUUUCUUCCUUUUCCCUUUUCAGCCCAAACGACAACCAUCAUUGACAGCUACUGCUAUCGAAUAUCACAACCCCAUCCAGCAAUUUCAAGCCAACUAUUAUGGACCCCAACACCAGGCAUUCUCACUUUCACGUUUGCUUGUUCGCAAAGACACCACAGCAGCUAGUCUUGCAGAAACAUUGAUGCAGCAAUCAGAAGAACGUCAACGCCAACGAUGGGAGUUUAUUGCGUCUCACCCAACGUAUGAUAAACCACUUUACAUCUUUUCACGCCAAAAUCGAUUCCGACGCUGGUGCCAAAGCCUUGUUCCACCUAGUCGUGGUGAACGAUUCAAUGGACAACAUCCAUCGCUUUUGGCUAGUUGGAUAUUUUAUUGCAUCAUUGGUGCUGCCAUUAUUACCACCGUGGUGAUGACCAUUUAUGAUUCUCCGGUUUAUCGAUUUUAUUAUGCUAAGAGUGGAUCAGACUUUGACAUCUUUCGAAUUAUGGAUUGGGUGUUUACAGUCAUCUUUACGAUCGAAUUCGUUGUCAAAGUGGUAGCCGAUGGAUUUUUAUUUACACCAAACGCUUAUCUCUUGAAUGGAUGGCAUGUACUCGAUUUGAUCAUCCUCGUCACCUUGUACAUGUCCAACUUGUACGAAUUUGCAGCAUCGACUGGCGUGGAGCGUGGUUUUCGAGCAUUGAAAGCACUUCGAGCAUUGAGAUUGAUCAACCUUUUGAAACCUGCCCGUGACAUGUUUACCGUCAUUAUGGUCAAGGGUCUUCUUUGUGUGGUGGAUGCUGCGUUCUUAUGCUUGUUUUUGGUUGUACCGUUUGCAUUGUACGGCCAAAAUGUAUUCCAAGGAUUGUUUUACGAAUGCAACGAUGAUGGUGCGCCCAACAAAACAUCAUGUAUUCAUGAGACCAUGUUGGGUGUGGAAGCUCCUUUACCGGAUGGCACGGCUAUUCUAGCACCACGCAUAUGGGAAAAUCCAUACGUAUACAGCUUCGACUCUUUCUGGAAAGGUUUAUUGGUGCUUGUGGAAAUUGCAAGUGGAGAAGGAUGGAUUGAUGUAUUACAGCGUGCCAUGGGACUUGCCGGAAAAGAUCUCAACAGCGUUCGUGAUAGCAGCCAAUGGACCGGUGGUGUGUUCUUUAUGGUGUACAAUCUUGUCGGCUCCGUGAUGGUGAUUUCAUUGUUUGUGGGUAUCGUCCUUGAAAACUUUGCGCGUCGUAGUGGCACCGCCUAUUUGACAGCUGAGCAACGACGAUGGUUGGAUCUCAAGAAACAACUCAAAAGGAUGCGACCUCCAAAAAGACCCAAACGACUACCUACUACCGAAUUACGCAAAUGGUGUUAUCGCCGAGUAGUCAACAAAAAGGGGCAUUUUUACCAGUGGAUGAAGGUGGUCAUUGUACUCAACAUCUUGUUUUUAUGCACCGAGUUUUAUCAUGACGACCAAUUUACGAAUAUUCGAUUGUACACCUACAUGGGCUUCCUUAUCGUCUACUGGUUCGAGAUGGCUGUCAAGAUAUUUGCAUUGGGUUGGCCAUCCUACAGUCGCAGUUGGUGGAAUAUGUAUGACCUAGUGAUGGUGCUUGGAUGUACAGCAACAUUGAUUAUGCGCUCCCAACGCAUUGCCGUCGAGACACAAAAGCUUUUCAUGACAGCCUUAUGCUUCAAAUUGGUACCAAGGAGCGAUAGCUUGAACGAACUCUUUACCAUUAUGGCUGCAUCUGCUUCCGAAAUCGUCAAUUCAUUCGGCGUGUGGUUCAUUAUCAUGACCACUUAUGCUAUCAUGUUUAUGCAAGUCUUUGGAUUGACCAAAUAUGGCACUCAGGCAACAACAGAGCAUCUCAACUUUCGAUCGUAUACCAAUGCAAUGAUAUCCCUUGUUCGAUUCUCUACCGGGGAGGAAUGGAAUACAGUGAUGCAUGACUAUGCUGUCAGCUACCCCGAAUGCGUAAUGGCGCCAGAUUAUCUCGGUUCAGAUUGUGGAUCAAGUGGAUGGGCUUAUAUCCUCUUUCUCUCAUUCAACAUCAUCUCCAUGUACAUCUUCACAGCUGUGUUUACUGGUGUCGUGUCCGAUAACUUUUCAUACGUGUAUCAAAUCGCCUCCAAUUAUUCAUUGAAAGUUUGGGCAGAUAUCGAUUUGGAACGCACAGGGUCUAUUAACGAGUGCGAUUACAUGAGAUUUUGGAGGAGACUCGAAGGAAAUUUCAAGGUGCGCAUCUAUGAACCAGAAUUCUCGUAUAAGCGGCUUGCUCGUCAAUAUGUGAUAUGGGAUCGUCGAUCCUCCUCGUCAUCGUCAUCACCUUAUGAAGUUCGUGUGGAUUUGGAUGCCCUCGCUAUCAAGCUGGAUGAACUUGACCCCAAGGAGCUACAUCAUCGAAAACAUGUGCUGGAUAGCCUUUACUGGGAAGCGGCUGUGAUCCAGGCAUCCAAAGGAGAUGUUUCGUUUAAUGACAUGUUACUCAUGAUUGCAAGACGAAAACUUGUGGUACCAGAGGAAGCAUUUCAGUUGGAUGAAUUACUACGUUACCGUAACAGAGAAGAGGUGGUACAAACCCUGAUCAAGAUCAACCGUGUCAAAUGCAUGCUCGAAACAUAUGCAUUGAGGAAAAAGUUUCUACGAUGGCGUCAGCGAGAUAGACCUGUUGAAUUUGACCGCCGAUACUCUCGUCCACAAAAUAUCAUGGCACAGUACAACGUACCCGCAGGCUCUUUACCCACAUCGCCUACAUCACCUGGCGGGCAUUCCAAUGACGGCUGUGGUGAUGCAACGCAGGAAUCGCGUGAACGUGAUCUUUGGCAAGACACGCAUAUUGGAAUUAUUGUAGAGUUGUUACAGGACGAGUUGGAAUGA